UCAUUCAUCCUCAGUCUUAAUUUCCAAUUUCUAACCAAUGUUUCUUUAUCUUUCAACUUACGAAGAAAUAAAAAAAAAAAUGUACAUUAUUCAACAAUAAAUUUCUUCAUUAGCACCAAAGAAAGAAACAAAACAAAAAUGUUAGCCUCUGCAAGCUUAGGUUGUGGAGGACCAACAUGCUCUAACAUUCAGCAACCACCAAGGAACAGCUUCAUGGCUGAAAAUCAUAACAACAGUGUAAGAUUGAUGAUGGGUUGGAGAGGAAAACAAUGUAACAGUAACAGAAGUAAAAGGGUAGUGAAAUGCAGUAGUGGAAUAGGAUUAGGUGACUUCAUUGGAGGAGAUUUGGUUAAAUUUGAUAUUGGACGUUGGCUUUCAGAUGUUGAAGAACAUAAAGCACUUGCAAUAUAUACUCCUCAUGAAGGAGGGUAUGAAGGACGUUACUUAUCGCGUCUUCAACGUCAAGGUUACUAUUUUCUUGAUCUUACAGCUCGUGGUCUUGGUGAUCCUGAAACCACUCUCACCAAAGUUCACCCUGUUUGCCCUGCUCAUUUAGGAAAGCAACCAAUAGCAAGGUGGUAUUUCCCACCAGAAGUUGAUUACAGAUUGGAAGCAUUACCACCAAAUGCCAAAGGACUGGUGGUGUGGAUCAUUGAAGCUAAGGUUCUCUCCAAGGCUGAACUACAAUUCCUUGCUCUGCUGCCAACACUAAGGCCUAAUGUGAGGGUCAUUGCUGAAUGUGGAAAUUGGAGAAAGUUUAUGUGGAAGCCGCUAAACGAAAUUGCUGGACUAACCACUAGUCAGGAAGCUUGAUAGAUGAUGAUGCAUUUGAUUUUCCAAGCAUCAACAACCAAGUAGGAAUAUUUUCAUCUGUCUUCAAGCUUGAACUUCCAACUCAAGGCACUUUGCAGAUAAGAAAAUACACCAAAAGAUAUAUAACGAUGAAUGAAUAUCAUUGUAAAUAAUUAGAUUUACCACAACCAUGAGUGAUAUGUACAUUCUCAAGGUUUAAUUUUGUCAUGGCACAAACAUUUUCAUCAAAGAUGAUAUUUCAAGAAAUUAUAUAGAUUUGCAAUGUGACAUUUCUAGAUGUGAAAAAAA